AUGCUUAUCUCUGUCAACGCUAAACUUUAUUGUAUCGCUAGCUUCUUAUUCCUUAGGUAUACGAUAUCUAUCUAUUUAUCUAUCUAUCUAUCUAUCUAUCUAUAUCUAGGGAUGAAAGCUAAUGACUCUCAAUUUCAAGAGUCCCGCUUCAUUCCUCUUUUCCUUACCCCCAUACACCCCCACUCUCUCACCGACUCUUUUUCUUUCUGCCUCUGUUUCUACUCUCUUUACUUAAUUCCUGUUUUUUCGCUUUUUCUCUCUCUCUUCAUAUUCAUUUCUCUCCACACCAAAUAUCUAUCUAUCUAUCUAUCUAUCUAUCUAUCUAUCUAUCUAUCUAUCUAUCUAUCUCAUUCUAAUGAUUAUCUAUCUAUCUCAUCUGUUCAUAUCUAUCAUUCUUAUUCUAAUGAUUAUAUAUCUAUUUCAGUGUGUUCAUGCCUAUCUCAUUCUAAUGAUUAUCUAUCUAUCUAUCUAUCUAUCUAUCUAUCUAUCUAUCUAUCUAUCUAUCUAAGUCUGUUCAUAUAUAUCUUUCUAUCUGCCUCAGUCUGUCCAUAUCUAUCUAUCUAUCCAUUACUGUCAAUAUCUAUCUAUCUAUCUAUCUAUCUAUCUAUCUAUCUAUCUAUCUAUCUAUCUAUCACUGUCAAUAUCUAUCUAUCUAUUUCAUCUGUCGAUGUCUAUCCCAUUCUAAUGAUUAUCUAUCUAUCUAUCUAUCUAUCUAUCUAUCUAUCUAUCUAUCUAUCUAAGUCUGUUCAUAUCUAUCUUUCUGUCUACCACAGUCUGAUCAUAUCUAUCUAUCGAUCAAUCAAUCCGUUUCGGUCUGUUCUUCUCUAUGUUUCUAUCUGUCUACCUCUUUUUGUUCAUAUCUAUCUCACUCUAAUGAUUAUCUAUCCAUCUAUCUAUCUAUCUAUGUGUUGCCGCUGA